AUGAACUAAAAGAACUUGACUAGACUAGCGAUGAUUGGUGCUGCUGGAGCUGCAGUGUAUUAUAUGUCGCAAAAGAACAAAGAAAAGCAGAUGGGGUCACAAAGAAAUCCUCAGGGCCUUAAUAAUCCCUAAUAUAUGGCAAGAUCUGGAAUGGAACCUUAACCCCAAACUAUUGGUAAUGUGAAUCCUUAACAGAGAGAUGUGAGAAGUGAUAUGCAGAAUAAAGAUCAGAAGCAAUCCCAUUCUACCCAGGCACACUGA